AUGCGCCAUGAGUGUACAUCGCAGGACGACGAUGGUGGCGGCAGCGUCGACGAAAUUGUUGGCGGCCUCAGAGGCCAGGUCUACGAGAGGAGCGAAGCCCCGAGCCCAAGAUGGUGUCACCGGCGAUGGAUCAGACUCAGACGUGACCUCGCCGGAGGCGGGGGCCGGAGUUGCAUGGCGCUGCCAGCGAAGACUGGACAAGAGGCACGAAAAGCACGAUUCGCCUGGUGGGCUGGCCCAGUUGCUUCGGGCUGCAUCCGAGACCUGCCGACAAUCCCAUUGAAAACAGGCAGACCGGGAUCAGAGAGUUCGGUGUGCACCUCCUCCAUCCUCGUCUCCACGCAGCAGGCCUUCACGGCAGCCUUCGCGCUGCUGCUCGUCCGCCGGCGGUUCACGGCAUUCUCCAUGAACGCCGUUGUGCUGAUCAGCAUCGGCGCCGCCAUGCUGGGGAUGAACGCCGGAGGGGACCGCCCCAUGGGGGUGACGCGGGUGCAGUACUACGCCGGGUUUGGCAUGACGUUCGGCGCCGCAACACUGUACGGCCUCGUGAUGCCCGUCGUGGAGCUCAACCAGGCGAGGCACGCAGCGUGCGCAGCCACGGCCGUCACGUAUACUCUUGUCAUAGAGAUGCGGAUCGUGAUCGGGUUUACCGCCACGGCCUUCAGCGCCGCCGGGGAUGCUUGCAACAACAAUGUGCAGGCUAUCCCAGGAGAAGCCCGGGAGUUCGGGCUCGGCCGGACUGUCUACUACCUACUACUCGUUGGCUCAGUCACGUUUUUUUAG